AUGCUCCCGCCGCCCCCGCGCCAGCCGCCGCCCCAGGCGCGCGCGGCCCGCGGUGCGGUGAGCCUGCAGCGGGCCUUCCUGCGCGGCCCGCUGGGCGUGCUGCGGCUGCUGCAGCUGCUGGUCGGCGCCUCCUUCUGGAUCACCAUCGCCACCAGCAGGUACCAGGGCCCCGUGCACUUCGCGCUCUUCGUGUCCGUGCUCUUCUGGCUGCUGACCCUGGCCCUCUACUUUCUCACGCUGCUGGGCAAGCACGAGCUGGUGCCAGUGCUGGGCUCCCGCUGGCUCGUGGUCAACGUGGCGCACGACCUGCUGGCGGCUGCGCUUUAUGGCGCCGCGACAGCCAUCAUGAUUGACCAGACGCAGAGGCACAGCUACUGCAACCUCAAGGAUUACCAGAUGCCCUGCGCCUACCACGCCUUCCUGGCGGCCGCCGUCUGCGGUGGCCUCUGCCUGGGCCUCUACCUGCUCUCGGCGCUCUACGGCUGCUGCCGCCGCUACCAGGGCGAGCAGGAGGUGGCGUGAGGACGCCCCGCCGCGGGGCGGGGGGACCCUGAGGAGACCAGCGCCCCAGCCUUGUGUCGCCCCGCGCCUGUGCGCCCUGCCACCGUCCCUUGCUCUGCCUUCUCGCUGCCGCCCGCGCCCAGGCACCCUGACGCCCAGUUCCCACCGACGGCAGCGCCACCGCCCUGAAACCGGACCACUUCGCGGGAUGCGCCGGCUUCAGGGACCCAGGCAUCCGCAUCUCAGACCCCUCCGGAGGCGAGACCUCGAGGUUCCUCUUCCCCUUCCCUGCUGAGAGCGAGACGUGGACAGGCGCCGCGUAGAUCCGGGGGAGGCUCCCAAAUUGUUAGCAGUCUUCUCGCUGCACCCCCGUCCCCUCCCUGCCGCCUCGCGGUGGGAAGAACACCCCUUUCCCUUGGCCCCUGUUCCAGCCGGGAGUGCUGUAAAAGGCAGGCAUGCAGCCGCGGGUGGAGCUGGACAGGCCUCCACUGGUCCCGGGAUGAGUGCCGAGUUUGGUUUUAGUUUGGGAUUUUGUGAGCAUCCUGUACAACCUUCCCGGCUCAUCCCUCGGUGCUUUGAUGUCUUGGGGGUGGGGCCUAAGGUGAGAACGGAUGGUAAGGGCCCGUGGGCUAUAUUCUUGCCUCUGCCUGCUCGCCUUUGUCCUCCAGGUUCAUGGAGGCCAGGCCCAAAUGCACACUAGCUUCCCAGGUUCACCUUCCCAGCCUUAUUUUCAAAGGCUUCUGCUCCACUCCCACCUCCCAAUAUCUUUUUGUGUUAGGAAUCCUGCACGACUGCCAGGGAAUGUUAGGGUGAACAACAUUCAGUUUUACAGAUGGAGCCCUAGAGCUUGCUCCUAAGAAAAGCCAGAGUAACAUUAGAACCCUGUCUCCCGACUCCCAGUCUAGCGCUGUUUACAUUAAAGCAGUGGUGUUUCCUGGGAUUUUGGCUCAGGAUUUACCCUCUAAAAGAGAGUUUCCAGGCUAAAUGGGUUUGUCAAAGGUGCUAUCCCUCCUUCUUGGAGAGUCACUAACAUAUCAAAGGCUCUGAGAUGUCCUGUAAAACAAGACAGAGUAAUAAGUGUUUACUGCUGCUGGGCCUGGACCACAUUUUGCCACCUAAAGGUUCUCUUGCAGUCCAGACUAUCAUUUCUUCUUAAGGGGCCCGACCCAUUGGCUAUGGUCUGUUUGAAGAUUUGGGGUGCUCCCUCUUUCCCAGGGACUUUCUCUAGUAGAGGGAGGGCCCAGCCCAUGAGGGAAAACAGCUGCUCCUGACAGGCCAGGGAGAGACCUGGGAACUGGUGAAUUUGAACAUUCUUUUACAUUGUUUGGGAAAUGAAGCCAAAAUUAUCCAGAUGGUUUCCCAGUCAAAAGGAACAUCACCUGUAAGAGAUCCUGGCAUUGACUGUGACUUCGAUCUCACUCACCAAUGAGAAAAGAAAGCUCUCUGGAGCUGGGGUGAACAGCUGGCCUGGCUUCUGUAAGUUUUCCAUGCUGUAGGAGCCAUGGAGAUUCCCAGGGCCUGUUUCCUUGGAUGGGCAAUACCAUCUGGCCUGUGUCAGCACAAGGUUUCACAGCGAGGAAAGGGAAGGACCUCUUCCAAGGAGCUCCCAUCAGCACCAUCCAAUGGAAGAGCCAAGAUGGGUCAAGAUUCAUUUUGCCUCAACAUGAAAGAAAUCCUGAUUCUCUUUGUGCUCUGGCUUGGGUAUAAGAUUCCAAACACCUGGAACUGAGUCGUGUGCUUUUGUAUCCUAAACAACAGGUUUUGGCUCCAGCUUUUGUUUCUUUUCCCUCUUCUUAGACCACCAUCUAAGCUGCAUCCUCAGCUCAGAUCCAGGCCCCUGAGGAUGUCUUUUGAGCUCCCCAGCCCAUGGUGCUCUGUCUGUGGUCAAGUGACCUUACUCAGGAGCAGAUUUCUUCUUGGCCUUCAUGGUAACUUAUCCAUCCAGAUGUGCCUGAAACAUUCCAGUGCUCACUGGCUCUUCUAGAUGUGCCUUCUGCUUGGCCUCCAGCUUGGCCUCCAGCUAUUUCUCCAGAUGUGAGAAGGAUGGGUAAAAUGGCCCCACACCCAUCCCCGCCUUCCCCUUGAGGCCCUGUGUGGUGGGAAUGUCGACCUGCCUGGCUCAGAACAUUUGAAUACUGGAGGCAGUCUCAUUGGUCUCUCUGGGCCCCAGGACUCAGCUCUAGCCCAAGACCACUGUGCGCUGCCCCCAGACCAAAGUCUAGGACCACUUGCAGACCCAGGAGAGAAUUUUUCCAGCAUUCUACAAAGGCCAAAAGAAAGGGGGGGGGGGGAGGAUGAG